CGGAGCGAGCCGGGCGCCCGGCCCCAUCUCCGAGCGCGUUCCGCUCAGCUCUGCCCGGAGUUGACGUUAGCCAUGGAAACCCGGAGCGGGUUUGGGAGGAACCGCGGUGAGCUGGUGGUUCGACUGCCGCAGCUUCUCUGCCUUCGCGUUCUGGUCACAGCCAGCCUCCCUGCGUGAGCGCCCCACCCGGCUUCACCUGCAGAAAUGCAGUUCCUGGGAUGCCUUCGCAUCUCCUCGUCCCUUGGGUGACUUGAGAAACUGCUGUGUUACAGAAGAGGAUGUGACUUUUCAGAAUAAUCCUGAGCAAGAAGGAUGAGUCCAGAUGUGCCUCUGCUGAAUGAUUACAAACAGGACUUCUUUCUGAAGCGCUUUCCACAGACUAUUCUUGGAGGCCCUCGACUCAAAUUAGGCUAUCGUGCCCCUCCAUACAUAUAUGUUAAUCAGAUUAUCCUUUUUCUACUGCCAUGGGCUUGGGGUGGAACAGCAACACUUUUAUAUCAACUAGGCAUCCUGAAAGACCAUUCUACAGCAGCACUUUCAGGUGGAUUAAUGCUCUUCACUGCACUUGUCAUCCAGUUCACAAGCUUAUAUGCCAGAAGCAAAUCUGUGACAGUACAAAGAAUACGAACCACAGAUAUCUUAGCAGAAGAAGAUGAGUAUGAAUUUACAAGUUGUGCUAAUGCUGAGACCGUCAAAUUUCUAAUUCCUGGCAAGAAAUACAUAGCCAAUAUACUUUUUCAUUCUGUUCUCGCUGGAUUAGUGUGUGGUCUUGGAACAUUGUAUAUGCUCCCAGAUAGAAUAACCUCCCUGUAUGGCAAUUUAGUAGGCACUGCUCCACUAUUUGUCUUUGGAUGGAUGACAUUAUGUAUAGGAGAAUAUUCAUUAAUUGUAAAUACAGCUACAGAGACUGCAACUUUUCAAACUCAGGAUACUUAUGAAAUUACUCCUCUUAUGAGACCUCUUUAUAUUUUGUUCUUCAUUUCUGUGGAUCUUGCUGACAGGUGUAUGGUAAAUAUACCAGCUUUAAAACAGACGAAUCAGAUUCUACACGUCUUGUUUAUAUUUUUACCCUUUCUGUGGGCAGGUGGGAUUCUGCCCCCACCUGAUGCACUUUUCUUAUGGGCAAUGGAGCAAGUUUUAGAGUUUGGCCUUGGAGGCUCAUCUAUGUCAAACCACCUACGGUUAUUGGUGAUGUUCGUCAUUUCUGCUGGAACAGCUGUAACAUCAUAUUUCAUUCCUAGCACCACUGGUGUGGUUCUUUUCAUGGCUGGAGUUGGUUUCUUACUAAGUCUUAACCUAACUGACAUGGCUUUUGCCUUCAAACGCAGUAUGGCUAGACACAAAGUUAGAGUCAAACCUAAGACUUUAGAAAAACAGUUUAUGCAGAAGGAAUGCCUUUUCUAUAUCAUAGUAUUGAUCUUGGCUCUCUUAGAAACUAGUUUGCUUCAUCACUUUGCUGGUUUCUCACAGAUUUCCAGAAGCAGUUCCCAGGUUAUUUUUGGCUAUAUUUUGAUGACUUUACUUAUAAUAGUGUGGAUACUUAGAGAAAUUCAAAGUGUGUAUAUCUUUGGAAUUUUCCGAAACCCUUUCUAUCCGAAGGAUGUGCAAGCUGUCACUGUGUUCUUAAGGAAGCAAAAAAGGCUCCUGAAGAUUGGUGUUGCCAGGAGGAUUUUGCUGACUCUAGUGUCACCUUUUGCUAUGAUAGCAUUUCUUUCAUUGGACAGUUCCUUACAAGGGCUCCACUCUGUGUCUGUCUCUAUUGGAUUCACAAGAGCUUUUAGAAUGGUAUGGCAGAAUACAGAGAAUGCUUUACUGGAGAUAGUCGUUGUGUCAGUAGUGCACUUGAUCUCUAGUGCAGACCUAUGGUGGAACAGAAGCCUGGAUACUGGAAUCAGACUCUUACUGGUUGGUAUCAUACGUGAUCGUUUGACCCAAUUCAUCUCUAAAUUGCAAUUUGCAGUGACUUUACUUUUAACGUCAUGGACAGAAAAAAAACAACGUCGAAAAGGAACUACGACUUUAUGGGCACUCAACAUUGUUUUUUCUCCACUUGUGUUGGCACUCAUAGUUUUAUCUGCACUACUCUCUUCUCCUUUAUUACCCCUCUUCACCCUUCCUGUGUUCUUGGUGGGGUUUCCCCGGCCUAUUCAGAGUUGGCCAGGAGCAGUGGGCGCCACCGCCUGUGUGUGUGCAGACACAGUGUACUAUUACCAGAUGAUCCCUAGACUGACUGCUGCCCUGCAUGCUGCAAUGGCAGCUGGAAGUUUAGGCCUUCUCUCACCUGGGUCUCAUUACUUGGGACGUUUUCAGGAUCGUUUAAUAUGGAUAAUGAUUCUAGAACAUGGCUAUACUUACUGCUGUAUUAACAUCAAGGGGUUAGAAUUGCAGGAAACAUCCUGUCAUACAGCAGAAGCUCACAGAGUUGAUGAAGUUUUUGAGAGUGCUUUUGAACAAGAAGAAUACACAAAAAUAUGUUCCUUUAAUGAACACUUUGGAAAUAUCUUGACACCCUGUACUGUUUUGCCUGUGAAAUUAUAUUCUGAUGCCAGGAAUGUUCUAUCUGGCAUAAUUGAUUCUCAUGAAAACUUAAUAGAAUUUAAAGGUGACCUUGUUAAAGUACUUGUAUGGAUACUCAUUCAAUAUUGCUCCAAAAGGCCUACCAUGCAGGAGGAUGUUCACGAAACUGAAAAUAAAGGGAAAGAACCCCUAACAAUAUUGCCUGCUUUGAAUACUUCACCUCAUCCCCAGUCCCUAGAAGAUUUAGAUAGUGUACGUUCAGAAACUUUUGAUGACUGGUCUGAAGAUAGUAUUUUUGAUGAUACGCCAACUAUCGAAAAAGAAAAAGAAGAAAAAGAUCAGUUGAAAGAUUUUCCAUGUACAAAUUUGCCUAUUCCAGGAUCAGUCGUAGAAUCACAGCAAGUUGAUGAUCAUUGUACAGGCACAGAUCCUGAGCAUAGUUGCUACAAGGCAAUUAAAUUAGGAUACCCUGCUGUCGACAAAGGAAAACAAGGAGACAUGGCAUAUAUUCCUCUCAUGGAGUUCAGCUGUUCACAGUCUCACUUAAUAAGCUUACCUAAAGAGUGGAGAUCUACCUGUAUGCCUAAUUCCAAAGUGAAGGAGAUGAGCUCAUUAUUUCCAGAAGACUGGUACCAAUUUGUUUUAAGGCAGUUGGAAUGUUUUCAUUCAACAGAAAAGGCCUCAAAUGUACUAGAAGAAAUUACAAAGGACAAAACUUUAAGAGAUUUUUAUAUUCAUACCAUAAUGACUUGUUAUUUUAGUUUACUUGGAAUAGACAAUAUGACGCCUAGUCCUGGUCUUAUAUUAAGUGUUUACAGUGGUGUUUUACCUUGGUCUGUUACCUUGGAUUGGCUCACAGAAAAACCAGAACUAUUCCAACUAGCACUGAAAGCAUUCAGGUAUACUCUGAAACUUAUGAUUGAUAAAGCAAGUUUAGGUCCAAUAGAAGACUUUAAGGAGCUGAUUAACUGCCUUGAAAAAUAUGAAAGUGACUGGUACAUUGGUUUGGUAUCUGAUGAAAAGUGGAAUGAAGCAGUUUUACAAGAAAAACCAUACUUGUUUUCUCUGGGGUAUGAUCCUUCUAUGGGAGUUUACACUGGAAGAGUACUUACCCUUCAAGAAUUAUUGAUAUACGUUGGAAAGUUAAAUGCUGAAGCUGUUAGAGGUCAGUGGGCCAAUCUCUCAUGGGAACUGCUUUAUGCCACAAAUGAUGAUGAGGAACGUUACAGUAUACAAGCUCAUCCACUACUUUUAAGAAACCUUACUAUACAAGCAGCAGAUCCUCCGCUCGGAUAUCCAAUUUAUUCUUCAAAACCUCUCCACAUACAUCUGUAUUAGAGCCUGUUUUGACUUGUGAUAUAAUGUCAUCAAAUGAGGUGUUUAUAUUUUUCAUUGUACAAAAGUUAGCAGUGUGAUUCCUAUGACUUAAAUGGACUUUUCCCUAACCCCUUCAAAUGCCUGAGAAGAGCUAAGCUCCUUAAAAUUGAUUCUUUUUGCCAUCUUAAUGGUUUAAAUGACAUCUUUGUCUAAUGUGAAAGUUAGAACUAGUUGGCCAAUAUUUGUGCCCUCUGGAUUGUAAUAUGCUUUGGGAAAUAUGAUAAAACAUUUGUAUAAUAUUAAACAAUGAUUUUUAAUGCCUUC